ACACUCAAGGGAAAUGAAGAGAACUUGACAGGCAUUCUUGAUCAGGGCAAUUUUGAACAGAACUGGUAAGAAUUUUUGUUUUUCUAAAAUACAUUGCUUUCAAAGAGAAGAGAGGCUAAUGGAAAUCUGUUGUUUGUUUUGAAAACAUAAAUGACCACAAAUGUCCAGUUCUUGAAACACGAUUGAUAUAAAAAUAUUGUCUCUUCAUUAGCAAGUCAGUCAACAAAGAAUAUGAAGAAUACGUGCUGUCUGUUGGAGAUUUUGAUGAGAGAAUCUUUCUGGAUGACGAGGCCCAUUUAGAAAUUGGCACACCAGCCAAGAAUGACAGUUUCACAGAAGUAGAUGGCCAACAGAGGUUUGUACAAGGAGGCAGUCUUUGUUCUUAAAAGCUUUUACUCCCAGCUAAAUCAUUGUGUAAAAAAUUGAUUUGAUUCCUUCAUAUGGAGAUGGAAAAUAAUGGGAUAUCUGUUUUGAAAACCUUGUUGACUGGCGAUGCAUCAACAGUUAAUAAUACAGGCAAUGUUAAUUUUAUGCCAGUUUCUAUAGCUAUUUGAAUAGUUUAACAUGUGUGUAAGUGCAUUUCAUUUCAUUUUAGGAUGGGACUAAGAAGGAAUUUGCAGGAACAUUUUACACGGGUAAGGUAUUUUAAAGUCUCUUUACUUUGUUUGUAUUUAAAAUAGCUACCAAGCAAUUAUUGAUUUUUGUGUGAAAGAAGAAGGCAAGAUUCUUCUUUCUAUACUAAGUGUUCUUUUUUAUUUUUUUGUAUCAGACUAGAAGCCUUGCACCUUCGACACCACUGACUGGACGAAGAUAUUUGAAAGAAAAAGAUCCAAAGUAAGUUUUCCCAAAUUUUGAAACCAAAGUCGGAUAAGGCAUAGCCUAGAAUCUACUGUCACAACUUGCAAGACUGUGAUAGCAUUAAAUUAUUCUUAAAUUUUGCCUAUCCACCACACUGCAUUUUUCUUGUUAUUUGUUUGAAUAUUAAGACAUUUUUGGUUUUUUAUUGUUAGGAUUACUCCAGUGUCCACUGCAACUCAGUCAGUUAGCAGACUGCAAGCUCUUCUGGCAGGUUUGAAAGCUGGGCCAAGUGAUCGCCUUCUAAAGAUCUUCUCGUAAGUUUCAACUCGGUAUUUGUAAGUUUUUACAAACUACAUCUGUAAAUUUUUAGAUUUCUUGUGAACAGUUCUCAAUUUGUGUUGUUGUAGUGGAUGCAGCAGGAAUCCCCAGGAAGCAAUUGAGAGUCGAGUUACGACUCUUGGAGAGACAUUUCUUAGGGAGUAUGUACAGGUCAGUAAUGAAUCCAAAGUCAAGGGUUUGCUUCCUUCUUUUUUCACGGUCAUUUUUCAUCUGGACAUUUUGUUCAUUCUCUUGAAGAAAUUCAUUAGCCUAUGAGAGGGCAAAUAAAUUGAGACAUUUCUUGAAAUAUAGCCCCAAGAAAUCAUUUUACUAUAUUUUUUAAUGAGUUUUUUUAAUGCCGCAAGAGAAAAUUAUUUUCAGAGUAGUGUUAAGUAUGUUUGUUUUCUUUCUAGCCAUCCCCAGACAGACCAAAAUCUCCCUGUUCAACCAAAGAGUUUGCCACCAAGAGGCUGAAACUUGCAGAGAUUCUUUACUACAAGGUAAUGUCUUAAAGAAAUUGACCUCUUUGUUUGUUAACUUAAAGUCUUUAACCAAGCACUUUUAUUUUUAGGUUCUUGAAAGUAUCACAAUAUUGGAGCAGAGAAGACUACAGGGACAUCUAGAUAUGACUGUAAGUUUUGUAAUCAGUGUGAUCUCUGAUACUGUUUACAGUCAAUGCUGUCUUAAUGGACACCUCUUUAAGAUGGACAGCUUGCUAAAAUGGACAUCUAAAUUUGGUCCCCGUCUUUCCUUACUCCUUUAUAUUAGUUGACUCUCUAUACUAUAGGACAUUUCUCUGAGAAGGACACAUAUUCCUGGUCACAAAAGUGUCUGUCUUAGAGAGCAUUAACAUUUACACUCCUGACUGCCAUUAGGAAGGUAUUCAAUGCAGUUCUAACUUUAGUCAUUGAUAAAAUACUGUAGUGCAAGGCUGUGCUCUAGCAGAGCCCAGUGGCCCGUAGUGGUGCCUAACUUUUGUUUCGGGCAAAUAGAAAAUCUUUGCUUUUUCAUAGAAAUCAUAUGCUGGGCACACUGGAUUUUACAAGUUCAGAGCACUGGGCUCCCUCAAAUUUUUCCUAGAGCACAGCCUUGUAGUGUGACCAUUCAGAUGAAAACUCUGGAAGCACUUUUUGUCAAACCAUUGUGUUGAAGAACCAUCUUUGAUAAUCUGAUAUAGGUCUCUGGUAAAUACUUUGCAAGAACAUGUUUUGGUGACAAGAAAUUUUCUUUUUUUGCAGAGUUUGCUGGAGCAGGAUUCCUUUCAUUGUUCCCUGAUGGCUUGUUGUUUGGAAAUAAUCAUCUUCUCUUACAACUCACAAAGGUAGCCUUUAACUACUCAAUUUUUCAGUGAAGUAGAAUAAAAAAUUUAACAAAGUUAACUGCGUUGAGCUUAGCAGUCUUGGCCUGUCAGUGGUCAAACUCACAAGUGGAGGCUCCCAUGGAAACGUCGUUGGAUUGUCACAGCCAGGAUCAUUGAGUUUUCUUUGGGGGCUUUCAUGGCGGCUGUGUUGGUGUGGAGCAGUUUAUAGCAGUUGUUUUGGCGUUCUCCCACCACCCCACCCGACCCUCUACGUUCCCCUCCCACUGAGUCAUCAGUGUGAUGGGUGCCUGGAAUAGGGGCUCAUGGCUGGGUGGCGGGGGUUAGCCAGCCAUGGGGGCAGAUUUUGUCUAGAGGGCGGCUGGCCAGAGUGGACGCCAUUGGAUACACCAGACCCACCUUCCAUUUAGUGAGGCAGCUGGUUAACUUGAAUGUUAAUUUACCAAAAUGACAUUGUUUUAUUUUAUCAGGACUUUUCCAUGGAUGAUUGAAAUCUUCAAUAUCAGUCCUUACCACUUUGUCAAGGUCAUUGAAGUGUUCAUCAAAGCAGAGGAUGGACUUUCAAGAGAUGUUGUGAAACAUCUGAACUAUGUAUGUAUCUUGCAGUAUUCUGCUAAGAACAUUACGUUGUCCCGAUAUGACUGUGGAAAAUAGUGGAAAAUGUGUGAUCCUAGAAAAUAACCACUCCCGGCCCACAGGGGUGUGAAAGACCAAAAAUUUUAGAAGGAAAUUAUGAACCUAAUGUGGAAUUUCGAGAGAGGUAGGAGGAUUUACUAAUAUUAAACUCCUAUGUAGAGGGAGUAAAGGAAAUUUCUGGAACAAGGUUAUGUACAGUCGACUCCCAAUAACUUGAACCCUCGCCAACUUGAACCUCGCGCUAACUCGAACCAAAAUCGAUUUCCCCUGGAUUUCCGUCAUACAUUCACUGUAAUUUUACCCUCGAUAACUCGAACUCCUGCUAACUCGAGCCAAUUUUCGUUUCCCCUCAGGUCAUUUUCUAUAUAAUUUUACCCUCGAUAACUCAAACCAUGUUUUGAGCCCUUAAAAAGUCAGGAAAAAAGCCGUCUACGGGUAUCCGAAACAUUGAAUUUUGGAUUUCCUAUUGACGUGUUGUAGGAGUAUAGUUCACUAGCGGAGGCUGACGUUGAUUGUCACAGGCUAACGUGAAGCAGCUUUUCUUCUCAAAACAGUAAAACGCAUGCUCUAUUUAGGCUAUGUUUUGUUACAUUAUGUUCUGAUUUAUAAUCUAGAAAUAUCUUUUAAUUUUCACGAGACAUUUCUACAAUUAAAUGUGGUUAAAAUGUUCACUGUGCAGUAAAAACUGUUUUUUACCUUACCCUUGGCUAUUUUCUUCGAAGUCCCGAUAACUCGAACCUUUUUUCGAUUUCCCUCGAAGGUUCGAGUUAUCGGGAGUCAACCGUAAUUUUACCCACUCUCUCAACUUUGUUGAACUUGCACAAGUGCAGUAUUUAUUCGUGUCUUUUGUGUGAUGAUAAUGUUGAGUUUGUUUACUAGGACUCUGAGUAUUAUCUAGUUUGUACCACUUGCAGCAAUCAGUGCUUUCCACAGACAGCAUUCUGUCUGUGCGCACGGAUAUAAGAUAGAAAAUGUCUAACACCAGUUCAGGCCCAAACCACUAACAACAUACAUUUCACUGUUUUCAUAAGAUUGAGGAACAGAUUCUCGAGUGCCUUGCGUGGAGCCAUGACUCCCCUAUAUGGGCAUCAAUUCAACAAGCUGGAUCUGUACCGUCAUGUGAAGAUGUGUCUAUUCCAAACCAACUGGAAACAGGACACAGUACUCAGAAUCUCCUUGCAUCCCCAAUUAUCCACCCUCGUGUACAGAGAAUAUGUGGUGAGGAGGGAGCAGCAAGGCGAGGUAAGAUUCAAUUUUUCAUUCCAAAUUCAAUGAUUCAAAGAAACCUUGUGUUUGUCACAAAAAAAGAAAAGCAAACAUUUAAAUCUCUAUUUUCUGUGGAUGGUGAACCUCCUACCAUGAAUAUGCGCACAGCAGUAUUUUCAACAUAAGCAGCCAGUUGCCUCAUUCUAUGACAACUCUCCUUUUUGCAAUGCCUAUUUUCAUUGAAAGUGUUUUGCAAAUUUCCCAAACUCAAAACUAGAAAAUAACAUUUGUCUGUAACUAAAACGUCUAACGUUACAACUUCUACUUCCAAACCUGGCAAAAACACUGUUUGUGAAAAACAGCUGAGCAAUUGUGGAGGAGGAAUUAAUUUAGCAAGACUAUUUAUCCAAUUGGUUUUCCUGAUUUAGGACUACCACAUGUAGACAAUACCAUAUGAAUCACUGAGUGAAGCCAGUCAUGUUUUGGAGUCCUUUUACUUUCCCCGGACUUUUUUAUUAAAUAAAUACAGUGACACUUAAAUAAAGGGAUUUAUUGAUUGAUUGAUUGAUUGAUCUAUUUUUAGUCCUGCCAUUAUCCAGCUCGCCAACAGCCCAUGAGCUGUUUAGCUCCCCUGUCACACCAAGCAGUGGCGCCAGACGGAAUCUUUUGGUCAACUUUGGCAGCUGUCCACCCUCUCAGAAUCCUCAACCUGUCACUCUGUCCCCUACCACAAGACAAGCUGCUGCCAAGAAUGCUCCUGCUUGUAAGUAAACAAUCCUGCAAAUGCCAUCACCUGGUUUUUUGUUGUUGCAAACAGAACUGUUGUGUUGGCAGUGGCUGGCAUUUUGACAACCUUGUACAUGUGUGAAGACCUCUUCACAGGAAAUUGUGUGUUGUUACUUUUCAUGUGUUUGCCAAUUUUAGUAAAUAUCCUUCUUGUAGAGCGUAAUUGUUUUAAUUUUGAGUGUAAGAAUAACCUGUAUAUGAUCAUCUUAAGACCCCCAAAUAGGCUUAAGUUGUCUUAGCCUGCAUUGCAGACACGAUCUAACCCAGGAUAGUAACGCUUAGAAUGUAGUGCUGAUAUCCUUGUUGUCUUGGCCCCCAAAGGACUUGACAAAUUAUGGGAAAUGUGUUUGAAUUGCUUUUCAACAUGAUUGGCACAUUGACAACUCCUUUUUUAUCGGGCCAAUUAUGCCACGUGCUCAAAUCCUGGUACUUAGGUGGGGGACCACAGGGUACCCGGAAUCACAGCAGCCCACUGAAAGCCAAAUUACAAGGAAUUAUGGAAAUUUAUCUUAUGAACGAUAAAAUGGUUAAAAUGUACAAAAACGGCUAUUAAAGUAUACAUAACUCUUAAAAAGCUGUGUCUUUGUUGUUUUCUUACUGUUUCCUGCCCUAUAAACGCCAUUUUAGUAAGUUUUAUUGUUUUGGUUUCUCAACUGUAGCUGUUUUUGUACAUUUUAACCAUUUUAUUGUUCGUAAGAUAAACUUCCAUACAAAUCCUUGUAAUUUGGCUUUCAGUAGGCUGUUGUGAUUCUGGGCGCCCUGUGGGGGGACCAGCGCAAGGAUGUCAGCGCUGUUUCGCAGACAGACUUAACCGGAAGAUUAGUUCUGUCCACAACACAGGCUAAAGCUGUUUGGGAAUGAAGUCAGUGACUAAAAGUGGCUGUAUUUGACAAAGGGUUUUAAAGCAAGCUUAUCACCUGUUUUCAGUGAUUAUCACUCCAGCACCUGCAAGUGGUGGUUUCAUUGUAAACGGAAUUACGCAAACUGUCGUCCUGCCAAACACAUCAACCACAGUACAAGUCACAUCCCCAAGGGCAGGUAGUGUUUUGACUCCAAGCACAUCCAUGGUGUCACCAACAUCAAGCCCUGUAAGACCAUCAUCAGCACCAACUACUCCCAAGAUGAAAGGCACAACACCAACCAAACCAAGAAAAACUGGCUCUUUGGCAAUUUUUUUCAGAAAGGUAUAUGUACAGCUGUUGCACUUGUCCUUUCAAAUUUAAUGGUUGUAAUAUAAGUUUAACUGCAGAGACGUAUUAAUUUGUAUCAUACAAGUAAUGACGUAAGGUUAUGGAGUGCAAGUGACAAUGAUGCUUUCACUCCAGUGCUGUGCUUUGCGUCAGUUUAAGGUGACUGAUGGUCAAAACAUGCAUGGUCAGAUUAAGAGUGAUAAAAGGCCCAAUGCGCAUGAACAGAUUGCAUUCUGUACCUUUCAUUUGCUCUUAAUUCUUAACGAAGCAGGCUACAUACAUGCUGUGCAUGCGUGAUAGCAAUCUGGAGAUUAGGAUUGCAGGCUCCUCUUGUUGCCUGCAACAAGAAACUCCUGCCUUUUUGUAGACUUUCUGACAGGCUAACCUUGGGACAGUUAAGUAGGCCUUAAAGAAAAUUUUGUCAUGGAUUUUAAUGGAAGCCUAAAGAGUAGCACCUUUCCAAAUAAAACUUUUGUUUUUAUUAUUUACAGCUCUACCAUCUGGCCAGUGUUCGCCUCAGAGAUCUAUGCACUAAAUUGGAUGUUAAUGAAGACCUCCGCCAAAAGUAAGUCCUUUCAACAAAAUUCAUUGAACCAUUAAACUUGAUACAUUUAAAAAUAGAGAUCUGUGUGGCAUCUGCAUUACAAGGCCUUCCGACCUUCAACUGGAAUAUUUGCAAUACCAAGGGGGCCAUAGAAAGUGUCCGUAUUAAUGGGGGGAGUGCCCAUAUUGAGUGGGUUGAAUUUAGAGCAAAUGUAAGGGCUUUCUUUCCUCAGGGUCAAAGCAAAUUGUCCGUAAUACGUGGGUGAUUGUAAAGCCGCGUUUGACUGUAUAUUUCUUUACACAUCCUGUUUACUGUUAAACUAAGAAAAGCAUAAACCAGGGCUGUCACUAAGAUUUCAAGUUGCUGGAUAUAAUUAUGCAUGGUGGGGAGUGGAACAGUUAGAGUUGGGAAGAUCUUUGGUUCCAUGUUCCUUUUGUCUCUUAUGAAAGUAUCUCAGGGUCAUGCUCAUAGCAGCCGAGGGAAAUCCCCAGUCCUUGGCCAUUAAUGCUGAUGAACACCUAAAGUAUUUUGAUAACAAUAAAGGCUAGGAUGCACUGCAAGCACAUUAGAAAACCAGAAACUACUUACCCUUGGUGCUUGUGACUUAGUUUCCCUGAUUGGUUUCUUCCUCACAAUGUAAUAAUGUUCUCGCCAAAAUUCUGGUGUUCACAUUUUUCUGAGUUUCACAGUAAAGAGUCGAGUUCAUGUGUUGUCUGAAUUGUUUUUCUCUAAGAUGUACAUUUCGGUGUUUUAUGAUCACAAAACGCUCUCUAAUCACUUUCUUGCUAAAAUUAUCUGAUUUGCAGAAUGUGGACUUGCUUUGAACAUACGCUGAUGAACAUGACAGAGUUAAUGAAGGACAGACACAUUGAUCAGAUAUUGAUGUGUUCUAUAUAUGUUAUGGNUAUUGAGUGGGUUGAAUUUAGAGAAAAUGUAAGGGCUUUCUUUCCUCAUGGUCAAAGCGAAUUGUCCGUAAUACGUGGGUGAUUGUAAAGCCGCGUUUGACUGUAUAUUUGUUUACCAUCCUGUUUACUGUCAAACUAAGAAAAGCUAAAACCAGGGCUGUCACUAAGAUUUCAAGUUACUGGGUAUAAUUAUGCAUGGUAGGGAAUUGAACAGUUAGAGAUAGGAAGAUCUUUUGGUUCCAUGUUCCUUUUGUCUCUUAUGAAAGUAUCUCAGCGUCAUGCUCAUAGCAGCUGAGGGAAAUCCCCAGUCCUUUGCCAUUAAUGCUGAUGAACACCUGAAGUAUUUUGAAAACAAUAAAGGUUAGGAUGCACUGCAAGCACAUUAGAAAACCAGAAACUACUUACCCUUGCUGCUUGUGGCUUAAUUUUCCUGAUUGGUUUCUUCCUCACAAUGUAAUAAUGUUCUCGCAAAAAUUCUGGUGUUCACAUUUUUCUGAGUUUCACAGCAAAGACUGACAAUUGAGUUCAUGUAUUGUCUGAAAUUUUUCCUCUAAGAUGUUUUAUGAUCACAAAAUGCUCACUAUCACUUUCUUGCUAAAAUUAUCUGAUUUGCAGAAUGUGGACUUGCUUUGAACAUACGCUGAUGAACAUGACAGAGUUAAUGAAGGACAGACACAUUGAUCAGAUAUUGAUGUGUUCUAUAUAUGUUAUGGGAAAGGUACAUAAUUGAGCUUUGAUUUAUUUUCUGUUUAUUUGUUUGCUUGUGUUGUUGUCUAUUGUUUUGUUUUUCUUUUGGCAGUUAGUCACUCAAUCUUAGCUCUUAAUCCUGAAUAUGCUGUACCACAUUGUGGGCCUAGAAAUCAUGAAAUAUUACCUCGGUCAAAUACAAAACAUUCCAGAUGUUGUUAAAACUUUGACCAGUUCAACACAGCAUUUCUAUGUUGUGGGAAAACUAGAAAACUUGGAUAAGCUAAUGCCCUAUUUUGUGAAUGCGUUUGCUACAUGAUGGAGAUGGUUUAACUUGCUUUAACUUUUUGUAGUUAGUUUACUUUGCAUGGCAGUAUUGUGAUAAAUUAAUGAAAAGGUGCUAGCAUUUUUAAUAUCAUCUAUUGCUUGUUUUUUGCAGGUUACCAAUGCAGAACUGUCUUUUCAAAACAUUAUGAAGUGUUAUCGCACCCAGCCCCAAGCUGUCAGCCAUGUAAGCCCUUUGUUUACUUCCUGUAAGUUCACCUCUGCUUGCUUAUUUACAAAACCUCUUUUCAAACUUUCUCUUAAAGGUUUACAGAAGUGUUCUUCUUAGAGGAAGGAGGCGGGCUCCACUUGGAAGCAGUGGUAGUGAUGGUGGAGCGAGAGGUGAGAUAAUAUUUUCAACGUAGUGUUUCUGCCUUAGUUUAUGAGUACCCUGGAUCAAUCACCCAGAUCAGAAUACCUGAGGAAGAUGCUGCCAUUUAUAUGAUAUUGCAUCCUCCAGAAAACCUUGUAUUGGAAGUCUUGUGUUGUAUUAAAUUUUGUACAAUUACAGCAACGAAAGUGUUAUACAUGUGCAGAAUUGCUGUUUUCCUUAAUUGAAGCAUUACUGUGUUGCCUUUAUCCUUGCUGUUGUGGUAAUAAUCUUAAACUUUCUAUUAAUACAAUGAUUAUUGGUAGCUCUUUGAAAAUAGUUAGAUCUUCCCUUUGUUUGGAUUGCCAGUAGAGGUGCAGAAGUACAUCAAGAAUGUAAAAAUCCUGAGUGUUGUUGCCUUCAAUGUCUUUUAUCAUGGGUGGGGUGGGAGAACAAUUUUGUGUCACACCUUCAUAAGUUGAUGUUACUGAAGUGUAUAGUAAAUAAUGGCAAAAAUGGCAAUUCUUAGCGAUAGCAAUGAAUGAUGUUUUGAUGACAUCAUUUUCAAUUUAUGUAAAUCCUAAUUCCAUGAGUUCAUUAUAUAGGGAGUUGUGUGCGAAAGUUUAGUUGUAUGUGAUUAAAAGAGAAAAAUAUAAUAUGAAGUGUAAAAAGUGCUACUUAUCAGGUAAAUAGUGUUGCUUUGAUAGAGUCAGAUUGGGUGUUAAGUUUAGGUUUCUCCUCUCUUCGUGAAUUAAGCAAUCCAGCUUUCCACAGCAAUUCUUCAGGAUGGCAAAUUGGUCAUGUAGAUCUUUUAUCCAUUUGAUUGUGUACGUUGUGCAGGUAUUUGUCAAUCGCGGAAUGUUUAUGUUCACCAAUGCGUUGAAAAAGGUGUUGGCGUGUAUAGCCUACAUAGUUUGCAGUGACAAAGAUAAACAUUCGGCUGUUAUUAGAAUGGCAAAUCUAGUGAAAAAAAUCACCAGAGGGUUGUGGCAAGCACCCCAUACAAGUAGUCAUGUUAUUUCCUGAUGUGGCAGCUGGAUUUUUCAUCCUGCAUUUUAUUGCAGGUAUUAAAAGUGAACCAGGUAGUAGUGGACCAGCAAGCCCAGUUCAAGGUGCUAGUAGUGCAAGAGCAAGCCCUGUAAGGAGUGCAAGUACUGUCCCAUCAACACCUCCUCCAGCAAGUGCACAUACGUCAGGAUCAAGCAGCACUGAAAACAGUCCAAACAUUGAUGGGGAGAGAGGAGAUCUUAUAGAGUUCUACAACAAGGUAAGUAAAUAAUCAAAAGCAAGGAUUAUAACUUGUAAUAAACUAAGGUAAGGGAGUGUGGGCAAGCUUCAGGCUUCUGAUUGAAGUAGAAAACGCUCUUGCUCCAAAGCUGGUUCGUACAGUCUUGAAUUCUUGAAAAAGUCUUAAAUUUUACCCAACAAUUUUCCAGACCUGGGAAAAGUCUGUUAAAGUCUAUUGAUCACUAUUUGAUAACCUUGAGUCUGCAAAAAGAAAUUAUUGUUUUGGGAAAAAGUGUGGAAAAAGUCUGGAAUUUGGUUCCCAAAAAUUUGUACGAACCCUGUGAUGAGAUUAAGAUUGACGGUACUAAUGUGCAUGAUCAGAUAGCAUUCUAUGCAUUUCAUUUGUGCCAAGCAUGCACAACAUACAUAAUAUUGCAACUUGGAGAUGAGGAUUACAAGUUCCUCUUGUCGCCCACAAUAAAAUAUUACUUUUGUUUUUCAAAAAAGGACAAAUGUGUCAUUUCUCUUAACUGAUGCAUUUAUUUACCCAUUUUAUCCAGGUGUUUAUCAAAAGAGUGAAGAACUUUGCUCUCAAGUUUUCAGCUGGGGAUAGAGCGGUGAGUUUUUGCCGUGGUUGUUUUCUAAGAUGUUUUUCAAUUGUGCUACAUCUUGACGUGAUAAGGAAUGAAACCUUCAUUCGUAACAGUAUUUCAGUUUUGACAUGGUAAUCAGGCUUGGAAGGUCUAUUGUGUCUUAGGCAACUGCCGGUAACUUGUUACCGUAUCUUGUAACCUGUGUUGCUGUAACUUGUUUUUCUACUUGUUCUUCUUCUUCAACCACAAAAGCAGUAGCUAAUGAUGGCAGGACUAGUUCAGUUGGUUAAUGACUUCACAGCAGAGUGGGAGUUCAAUUCCCAGGGCCAGACCAAUACUCUGUUUUUAAAUGACUCCGUUUAAUGAAGGUAACGCGUUUGCCUUGCAAACAGCUAGACCUUCAUAUGGCUCCAAUGACCAUGUAAAAUGGCCAAAGUAGUCUUCACUAAUAGUAUUUUCAUGCUAAAUACAUUGACACUCAAAACAUGCUUUUUUUCCCACCAGUUGGACUCGCCUCCACUUUCUCCUUUGCCAGUGAUGAGAAAUCAAGCUCAUUCACCUCGACGAAAAGUGUCCACGAGACACCCUGUGUACAUAUCUCCUCACAAGAAUGGUAUGUGUUCCUUUAGUGUUACAUAGGGGAGUCAUUUUAUGUUUAAUUUGGGUUGUUCUUAGUUUCCAUUAGCUUUAGUCCUAAUAUCUACCGUAUGUAUUUGGCUAUAAGCCGAGCGAUUUUUACACAAAUUAAAGCUUAAGUUAAGUGAAAUUUGAGCCCAAGAGGGCGUCUUGGCUUAAAGCCAAUAGUUUUUGAAAACAAUUCUUUUUCAGUGCAUUACAACUCUACUAAAUGCGGAUGUAUUCACUUAUAAGCCAAGCUCUUAUUAAGUGUAUAGACUUAAUAAAACAAUAACAUAAUAUUCUCCUUUCAGGGGUUUCAAUGACUCCAACAACAAGGCUGUUGUAUUGCUUCAAAGAAAGUCCAGCGGAGGUAAAUAUUUUAUCUGUUACCAUAAUAUUUUAAGAUAGAAACAAUUUGUAUGAGGUGAGUGAUGCAGGGCUGUGCUCUAGCAGCAACUAGAUGCUGGGUACCCUGUAUUUCACAGGUUCAAAGCACAGGGCUUCCUUCAAUUUUUCUCAGAGCACAGCCUUGCAGAUUGUGUACACAAUUCAUGUGGAUGGGCUUGAGUAAUAAAGGUUUCUUCUGUUUGUAGAAACUUCGAGACAUCAAUGAGAUGCUGAAGCAAGGUGCAGGAGAUAGUAGCCGUAAGCGAGCCCUGCUACAGGACGACAAGAGCAGUCAACCACCGACGAAAAGAACUCCUUCAGAGGAACUGCUUCAGCGUAAGCUAACCAGCAUGAUGGAAGAAAGGCAGGCAUCUGCCUCAAGAUAA